AUGAGCACAGCGGAGCUUGACCAGCGCUGCAACGGGCUCCGAAAUGACCUGAAAGCUUGGGAGAAACAGUUUGCCGCACAACAUAACGGCAAGAGAGCCGGACGCGAGGAUAUCAAGGCCGACGCCGUGAUUUCACAAAAAUACAAAGAGUACAACAGACUACGGACCCAGCCGCCCACCAAAGCAGCCCCUCAGACACCCUCGAAACGAACAGCGAGCCGCAAACACAUCUCCGAAGUCGAGCGAACACCCAUAGCACCGCCACGAGCCCCGGUCCUCACACCACUGAAGCGCAAGAGAGAAGAGGAGAUCGCCGAAGAAGAGGCUGACGCAGCAUCUGAACGUUUGUCGCCCCAAGGACCUGCAUUCAUCGGGCCUACCCCGCAACGAGACGGGAUAGUCCUUGGUCUCUUCGACAACCUCGCUGCGGAAACACCAAGCAAGCGGCGCAUUAUCUUUGGUGAGAUAGAGCCCAACAUCUUUCAGACACCCACCAAGAAUUUGGAAGUCGCGAGCGAAGCAUCAUUGGAGUCGAGGGCGAGAGGGGAUAGAACGCCGCUGUCUGUCAGCAAGAGGAAUCUGUUCAACCAGUUCAUCACACCAAAGAAAAGGAAACUUGACGAGGAAGGCACGCCGUCUUCUGCGCUGAAGGGACUGGCUACGCCGGCGUUUCUAAGAAGGGACAAUGCGUUGGAUAGAAUUGAAGAAGCAGAUGAAACGACGCCGCGACCUGCGCCGUGGAAGAGGAGGGUUCUGGGGAGAAGCCUGAGCGCCAUGAUACAGGCCAUGCGGAAAGACGAGGAUGAUAGAUUAGACGAGGAGGCGGAUAUCAUGCGCGAACUGGAGAUGGAGGAGGAGGGCAUUCCAGCACCAGCCAGGCAGAGAGCAUCGCAAAUGCUGGUGGAAGACAGCCAGGUGGCGAUGCCGUUAGGCCCUGAUCGUGGGCUGGAGUCUGGAGAGGACGAAGAAGAUGAGGAGGAGCUAGGCCGUGAUGGCAAGCCGAGGAAGCCAUGGAAGAAGAAGGGGCUGAAGCGGCAGACAAGGCGCGUUAUCAUGCGACCCAAUGCCGUCAAGCCCAAACCUGUUCCUCAAUUCCAGCACGACGAUAGAGACUCAGAUGCCGAGCCCACAUCUGUACCAGAGACGCAAGCACAAGCUAAUGACGACCCUGCGAUAUCUGAAGAGGAUAAUUCCGACUAUGCCAGCGAUGUCUCUCACUCUGCGAAGAAACGAAAGGCGCCAGCGGAGAAGGCCGAUAAGCUUCCCGAGAAGAAAGAGGGCGUGGUCGAGAAAGUGAAGAGGAAAAUCUCAGCUACUGCACAUGCAAACUAUCAGAGACUCAAGAUCAAGGGCAAGGGUGGAAAUGGUGGGAAACCGAGAGGACGGUUUGGUAAGAGAUAG